CGCCACAAUUGAGCGCAGUUUCAAAUAAUAAACUUGUCGCAAUAGAAUCAACCAACAAAGAACUUCUUAAUUAUAGAGUAAUUGAAUCAAUUACACUUGGAAGAUCUGGAAAUAUGAAAGUAUAUGAGUUUACUGACAAUGAAAAGAUUAUGAUAAUUGAUGUUUGUGGUUCAUUAAUGCAGACUAUUUCAGAUCUGUGUAAAGAAUUUUCAAUAUUAAGUAGAGAAGAAACUUUGAUGAUGUUUGAAGAUUUGAUAGAUGAAAAAAUAUUUAACAUAUCAAAUAGACAUUUAUGGGUUCAAGAGCUUUCUAAACAACAAUGGGCCACAUACUUACGAGAACAAUUAAAAUAUACAUAUACAAUAGACGUUCUAUUUAGUAAAACUCCAAUAGAGGAUUUUUUGCAAAAAAUUAUAGAUGAACAUAGUGAUAAGAGUGAUGAUGAUUUUAUUGUCAAGAAAAUAAAUCAGUCGUAUCAUGGGUCAUUAGUAAAAUGGGAAGAUCUUAAAAAUCAAUUGGCAUCAGAUGCCUAUCCAAGAAAGGAAUCUGAAUAUAAAAAAAAACAAUUUUUUGCAAAGAAAUCAUAUAUUCAAAAAUUACUUGAUGAGAUAAAACAGCAUAAAGAAUUUUCAUUGCCACCACCAAAUUUUGAUGCAAUUACUCGUCAUCAAGAAGAUUUAUGCAUGGAUGGGAGAUACCCUUUUAAAGAAUUAAUAAACGAUUAUAUUGAAGACAAAAUAACAAUGACAUUAUAUGGAAGUAAACUUUUAAAUAGCAUUUUAAAUAAUAAUCAUCAAAUAGUAGAGAAAUUGUAUAAUAAACUUUUUGCAAAUAUUAAUUUAUUAAAUGUUGCUGCAAGUUCAUUUAAUAUAUUAAUCUCAAAAUACCCUCAAUAUUUGGAAAACUUUUUAUCACAAACUUCAUUUAUUUUAUCAAGUACAGAUAAGAAAAUUGCAAUUAGGGAUUAUCCAUUGGAAUCACAUCUUCAAAAAAACGAAUUAUCAAAAGAAAUUCAGAAACAAUUAUUAAUUGCAACCAUUAUUUUAGGCGUUUUACAAUUUACUUUAGAUACAAAUACAAAUAUAUUUAGACUUGAUGAACUUUAUAAAAUAGUAUCUAGAAUUCAAAAUGAUAAAUGGGAAGAUACUAUCAAGCCACCAUUUCUUUCUAAUACGCUUUUGAACCUUAUUGAUGCAGAGAAAGAUCAAAAUUUAAAAAAUAAUUAUGAAAAGGAAAUUCAAGAGUUAAAAACUUUUUUUAGUGAAGAAAUUGAAAAACUAAAAUCAAUGAUAGAUGAAUUGAAAAAUUCGAAAUAA